GAAAAGCCCAGGACCCCUCCUCCUGUUUCGCUUUACUUUCACUUUCCUGCAGCUCGCGGCGUCUUUUCUCCACGUGAAGGUGGACUCCGCCCAGGAAGCUGCUCACCUGAGUGUCCAGGUGUCCGGCUCUCCUUCAGCGCUCUGGACUAAACUCUAGAAACCUUUAAAACUCUCCGUGUCGAUGUUAAACUGACUGAACAUUAAAGGACUGAAGCUUCCAGUGGACCUCAAAGUGCUGCUCUUCACUUCACUGCGGCUCAUCGACGCCAUCUGCUGGACUGAUGUGAAAAGUUCAGAAACACAAGACAAGAGCCGGUUAAUUGAGGAGCAGCAUGAAGCAGGAUGAAUGAAUCUGUGUUUCUUCUGCAGGUGAAGGUGUGAGCUGCACGAGUUCAGCAGCAUGAAUCGGUGUGAAGACUCCAACAUGCUUCUGUGUGGGGAACACGAGAACCAGAACAAAGCUCAGAGCAAUAAACUUAAACCUGAACCUGAACCUGAACCUGAACCUGAACCCAGCUGUGUGUCCCUUAAAAGCAACAACUCCAAGAAUAUAAUCAUCGAGUUUAAAGAUGGACAGUCUUCUGCUGCAGAGACACUCGAUGAGGAGAGCUCAGAGGUUCCCAGUGUUCAGCCUGACCAGCAGCAUCACCUGAACUCCAUCUUUAUGCUGCUGGAGAACGACAUCGGAACUUUUGUGAAGGACGAGCUGAAGAAGAUGCAGAAGGUUCUGAGUCCGGAUUACCCACAAAGCUCGGAGAGCCAGAGGGAGGAUGAGGAGGGUGAAGAUGAAGAGCAGAGGAUCAGCAGAGAGGCAUUUCUGACAAUCACCCUGCACUUCCUGAGGAGGAGGAAGCAGGAGAACGUGGCCGACUUUCUGCAGAGCAGAACUCGUGCUGGCAAUUGUCAACGUGAACUUAAAUCUACUCUGAAGAAAAAGUUCCAGCAUGUGUUUGAAGGCAUCGCUAAAGCAGGAAACCCAACCCUCCUCAGUGAGAUCUACACAGAGCUGCACAUCACAGAGGGAGGGACUGCAGAGGUCAACGAAGAACAUGAGGUCAGACAGAUUGAAGCAGCAUCCAGGAAACCAAACAGAGCAGAAACAACCAUCAAACCAGAAGACAUCUUUAAAGGUGCAGCAGGAAAAGAUCGACCAAUCAGAAGCGUGAUGACAAAGGGAGUGGCUGGCAUCGGGAAAACAGUGUUAACACAGAAGUUCACUCUGGACUGGGCUGAAGACAGAACCAACCAGGACAUCCACUUCAUGUUUCCAUUCACUUUCAGAGAGCUGAAUGUGCUGAAAGAGAGAAAGUUCAGUUUGGUGGAACUUGUUCAUCACUUCUUCAGUGAAACCAAAGCAGCAGGAAUCUGCAGGUUUGAAGACUUCCAGGUUGUGUUCAUCUUUGACGGUCUGGAUGAGUGUCGCCUUCCUCUGGACUUCCACAACAAUGAGAUCCUGACUGAUGUGACAGAGUCCACCUCAGUAGAUGUGCUGCUGACAAACCUGAUGAGGGGGAAGCUGCUUCCCUCUGCUCGCCUCUGGAUAACCACACGACCUGCAGCAGCCAAUCAGAUCCCUUCUAGAUUUGUUGACAUGAUGACGGAGGUCAGGGGGUUCACCGAUCCACAGAAGGAAGAGUACUUUGGGAAAAGAUUCAGAGACGAGCAGCAGGCCAGCAACAUCAUCUCCCACAUCGAGACUUCCCGAAGCCUCCACAUCAUGUGCCACAUCCCAGUGUUCUGCUGGAUCACUGCUACAGUUCUGGAAGACAUGUUGAAAACCGUAGAGGGAGGAGAGCUGCCCAGCACCCUGACUGAGAUGUACAUCCACUUUCUGGUGGUUCAGACCAAACUGAAGAAGGUCAAGUAUGAUGGAGGAGCUGAGACAGAUCCACACUGGAGUCCAGAGAGCAGGAAAAUAAUUGUGUCUCUGGGAAAACUGGCUUUUGAGCAGCUGCAGAAAGGAAACCUGAUCUUCUACGAGUCCGACCUGACAGAGUGUGGCAUCGAUGUGAGAGCAGCCUCAACAUACUCAGGAGUGUUCACACAGAUCUUUAAAGAAGAGAGAGGACUGUACCAGGACAAGGUGUUCUGCUUCAUCCAUCUAAGCGUUCAGGAGUUUCUGGCUGCUUUUCAUGUCCAUCUGACCUUCAUCAACUCUGGUGUUGAUCUGCUGGAAGAAGAAGAAAACAACAAGUUUGAAAUAUCAAAAACCAAAUCCAGACUCUUCUACCAGAAAGCUGUGGACAAGGCCUUGCAGAGUCCAAACGGACACCUGGACUUGUUCCUCCGCUUCCUCCUCGGCCUGUCACUACAGACCAAUCAGAAACUAUUGCGAGGCCUGCUGAAACAGAAAAGAAGUAGCUCAAAGACCAAUCGGAAAACAGUUAAAUACAUCAAGAAGAAGAUCAGUGAGAAUGUGUCUGCAGAGAGAGACAUCAAUCUGUUCCACUGUCUGAAUGAGAUGAAGGAUGUUUCUCUAGUGGAGGAGAUCCAACAGUCCCUGAGAUCAGGACGUCUGUCCACAGAUAAACUGUCUCCUGCUCAGUGGUGGGCUCUGGGCUUCAUCUUACUAUCAUCAGGAGAAGAUCUCGAUGUAUUCGACCUGAAGAAAUACUCUGCUUCAGAGGAGGCUCUUCUGAGGCUGCUGCCGGUGGUCAAAACCUCAAAGAAAGCCCUACUGAGUGGCUGUAGCCUCUCAGAGAGAAGCUGUGAAGCUCUGUCCUCAGUUCUCAGCUCUCAGUCCUCCAGUCUGACAGAACUGGACCUGAGCAACAACAACCUGCAGGAUUCAGGAGUGAAGCUGCUUUCUGUGGGACUGGAGAGUCCUCACUGUAAACUGGAGAGUCUCAGACUGAGUGGCUGUAACCUCUCAGAGAGAAGCUGUGAAGCUCUGUCCUCAGUUCUCAGCUCUCAGUCCUCCAGUCUGACAGAACUGGACCUGAGCAACAACAACCUGCAGGAUUCAGGAGUGAAGCUGCUUUCUGUGGGACUGGAGAGUCCUCACUGUACACUGGAGAGUCUCAGACUGAGUGGCUGUAACCUCUCAGAGAGAAGUUGUGAAACUCUGUCCUCAGUUCUCAGCUCUCAGUCCUCCAGUCUGACAGAACUGGACCUGAGCAACAACAACCUGCAGGAUUCAGGAGUGAAGCGGCUCUCUGUGGGACUGGAGAGUCCUCACUGUACACUGGAGAGUCUCAGGCUGUCAGGAUGUCUGGUCACAGAGGAAGGCUGUACGUCUGUGGUCUCAGCUCUGACCUCCAACCCGUCCCACCUGAAAGAACUGGACCUGAGCUACAACCAUCCAGGAGACUCAGGAGUGCAGCUGCUCUCGGCUAAAGUGGAGGAUCCACUCUGCAGACUGGACACUGUGAGGUUGGAGCCUGCUGGAGUCCGAUGGUUGACACCAGGUCUGAGGAAGUAUUCCUGUGAGCUCACCAUCGACACAAACACAGUGAACCGACACCUCAAACUGUCCGACAACAACAAGAAGGUGACACAUGUGGAGGAGCACCAGUCGUAUCCUGACCAUCCCGACCGGUUUGACCACUGUCACCAGCUGCUGUGUGCUACUGGUCUGACUGGCCGCUGUUACUGGGAGGUGGAGUGGAGCGGCAACGCUGACGUAUCGGUGAGCUACAGAGGACCCAGCAGUGACCGUUUGUUCGGACGGAACGAUCGGUCCUGGAGCCUGCACUGCUUUAACGGUUACUACUCUGUGUGCCACAACGACCGAGCAGCGUUCAUCCCGUCCUCCUCAUCCUCCUCGUCCGCCUCCUCGUCCUCAUCCUCCUCCUCGUCCUCCUCCUCGUCCUCCUCCAGCAGAGUGGCGGUGUAUCUGGACCGUCCUGCUGGAACUCUGUCCUUCUACACAGUCUGCUCUGACACACUGACCCACAUUCACACCUUCGACACCACAUUCACUGAACCGCUGUUCGCUGGGUUCGGGUUUGGGUUUCUGUCCCUGUAUGUGUCCUGGUUGUCUCUGCGUUGAGUUUAGAAUACUAAACCUCCUCCUGCUCCUUCAGACAUCAACCUGUCCCGUUAAUGUGACGGCUACUAAACAGGUGAAUGUUCACUUGGUCGCUCAUCGUCCAAAAACGUCACGCCUUUUUUACGCUACACUUCCAAAACGAACGUCUUAACCCUUAGAGCUCCGCAGUCACGCCAGCAUUAUAUAAUCAUGCGACAUUUUCGAGACGUUACGGCAGAAAAGCGCCAAAUCCUCUCCAAAGUUCAGACUUUAAACUCUCUCCCAGUUUUCGUUUCAUGUCGAUGGACCACGUAGAACCGGAGAUAUGAUGUGAUGAAAAGCAUGUGAAAUACGGCGUCGCUUUUCUUUCAACGUCUUCGUCAUUUUUUUUGUCGUUUUUCAAAAAGUAAAAGAAAGUCCCUGGAAGUGCAGCUCCUGAUGUGGCCGCCGGCCUCAUUCUGGACACAAACUGUUUCCAUAAACGGGAAACAAGUCACACCUGCUUUAUAUAGAGUUACAAAUAUUUGUCUUUAGUUUGAUUCUAUAUCAGAUUUCCCUUUUCAUGUUCAUAUCUGCAACCUAGGUUUACAUUUUCAACUUUCAAAAUGCUUUAAUAAGCAUGUUUGUACUUUUUAAAGCAAUAAAUAAUAUAUAUUUUUAUUUUAUUUAAGCCCGAAAUGUAAAUUUUUCAGAAUCAGAAAUACUUUAUUGAUGCCCUGAGUUAAACCAAAAGUCUUAAAGAAGUAAAGAUAUAUAAUAAAAUCAAAAGUAUUCAUAUGAAAAUAGAAUAAAAAUAUAACACAGAAUAAAAAUACAUUCCUGCUGUGAUAAGUGUAUAUAAAAUGUAAUAAUAAUAGUACUACUGUUUGUGUUAAUUGCACAUAGAAUGAUAAUUUCCACUCAGAGUGAAGACUUGUACAGUCUGAUGGCUUCAGGCAGGAAUGACCUGCUGUGGGGCAUCUUGGUGCAUCUUGGUGCAAUAAGUCUGGUACUGAAUGUGCUCCUGUAGCCGACCAGCACAUCGUGGAGCGGGUGUGACACAUUGUCCAAGAUGACAGUCAGCUUGGACGGCAUCCUUCUCUCCGACACCUCCGUCAGAGAGUCCAGCUUCACUCCCACAACGUCACCGGCCAUGAGAACCAGUCUGUUGGUGUCAGCUGCCCUCAGCCUGCUGCCCCAGCACACCACAGCAGACAGGAUAGCAGUGGCUCCCACAGACUCAUAGAACAUCCUGAGCGUAGUUCGGCAGAUGUUACAGGACCUCAGUCGCCUCAGAUAAAACGGACCACUCUGGCCCUUCCUGUAGAGGGCGUCAGUGUUCUUUGCCCGGUCCAGUUUGUUGUCACUGUGGACCCCCAGAUACUUGUCAUCCUCCACGAUGUCCACACUGACCCCCUGGAUGGAGACAGGGGUCACCGGCACCUCUGUCCUCCUCAAAUCUGCUAUUAGUUCCUUGGCUGCAGAUGGUUCAUGUGAUGGUCCUCAUCCCUCUCCAGACCUCUCCGGUGGUGGUCUGAGGAGUCCUCCCUCGCCUCCCUCAUCUUCACCUUCAGCUGUCUCAGUGUUGUCGGGCUGGACCCGGAUAGCCGACUAUUCGUUCGCUGUGCUGGAAUCAGGAUAUCAAUUUUGAUUUCCGGAAACGGCCGCUCACUCCUGCCCCGUCGGACCGAACGCUCGGCACACUCAGCUGUUUGGAUCUGUUGGCUCUGAGUUUAGCUUCUGCAGCAUCAGACAGCAGCAGGGUCCAUGUGAGCGUCUCCAAAGAGAGCGUUUACAUGCCGAUAAACAGCCGUUAGCUUAUUGGCUUCCCUCAGAAACACAUUUUCAGAUUCAUUUAUCGAAUCUGUUUCUUUUAGGAAGUGUUCCUAGUGAUUCCUCGUUGAUGUUAAUAUGUUAAUAAUCCCUUAAACACAAAAAGCUGUAAAAUAACUCGUUCUCACUGACUGUCAGACCUCACUGACGGCCAACUGAAAGCUUUAAGUAGAGAUGAGAACACCACGUUUAGGUUUGUAUUACUGGUUGCACUAAAUCCAAUGUACUGUACUUUGGAUAUAUUUCUUCUAACAGUGCAUCACUUGGCGGUUCCCAAGGUUGCAAGUUUUUGUUUUUUUUACAUUCCUGGUUGACGUUUUUACUCCACGUCACCGAUUUAGAUCGCACAUAUUUUACUGACAUUUGGUUUAUUUGUCAUUUUUACAGUGUCAUUUAUUUUAACGUUUUGUUGUUGUUGUUUUUUACAGUGUAUUUGUUGGUUUAUGUCUUUGUCGUCACUUGUUACGGUAAAUUUGGGCGUCAGUGUUACUCUCGGCUGCCGUGUUUUUACAGUCUAACCCCGAUCACGUGUUUUAGCUUCUAGUGGACGAAAGAAAACGUCUGUGAAACGCUAGAAAACUGCCAAACAGAGUUUACUUUUUUAUUUCUGUCUCAGGUUCAAAUAAAUUCUCUGCCAACAUGCUGUGACCUCUUCAGUAUUCUAUGAACAACUCUGGGAGGAUAAAAGUCAGAAAUAAACGGGUUGUCAUGUUACUGGUUGGCCACCAGAGGGCAGCAGAGCGUUACGCACAAAUCUCAACGAGCCUGCAGCCGAUGACUAAUCAAUAAUAAUACCUGCAUACGAUCAAUAUUCACGUCCUCCUCAAACUGAAAGGCCUCGUUAUGAACCAAAACAGUCGAAUAGUUAAUUUUCUGACACGAUCACACAGUUUAAAGGGUUUUAUUUUGGUAACGUGACCUCUGGUGUCUCAUUUGUCUUGUUUUCUGGGUUAUUUGACCCCCAAAAGACACAAAACGACAUUUUAUUGGCUAAGUAGGUUCAUUUUCUGCCAUUACUGACUAAUUUCCUGCCUUUUUGGGGUCAUUUGUUUUCUUUGUGGGCUAAUUUUAUGCACAUGUGGGAUAAUUUUGUCACUUUUUGACACUCAAAAAUACAUAAAAUAACAUUUUUGUGUACUUGUGGGCCAAUUUUAUGCAUUUUAAGGGUCAUUUUAUGCUGGUUUAGAUUCAUUUGGUGCCUGUUUUUGUGCCUUUGUGGGCUAAUCGAGGGGCAUUUUAAUGCUAUGUGAGGAAAUAUGUGUCAUUUCGUGCCAUUUAGGGGUAAUUUUGUAGUUUUUUUCUAUCGUUUUGUGUUGUUUCGUACCUUUUGUGGAGUUAUUUUUUUUUAUCUUUUUUGUAUUUGUUGGGGUUAUUUUAUGCCUUUGUGAAGCUGCUUGUGGAGCCAUUUUGCUUAUUUUUGCUGUUUUUUUGUGUUUUUCGGUGUCAUUUUGUACCUUUUUUCUUCAUCUGUCUGUUUUUUUUUGUUUGUUUUGUGUAUUUUGUGAUUGUUCUUUUUUGUGUUGUUUACAGUCAGUUUUCUUGUCUUCAUGUCUCCCUGUGAUCAUACUCAAUCGUUUAAGUUUAUUUUUCAUUAUAAGUUCUCCUCAGUCGUAUUUGAACCGACUAGAGUUGCUGUAACGAACAGAAAAGCUGUUACUGAGGGAGUUUAAGUCGCCUGCUUUGAUAAGAAAAGUUCAAAUAAAACACUACAGACAUUU